UACGUGUGUUGUUGUGUGUUUACGGCUCUUGUGAAUAUCACUACAGAACCUGCGCAAGAUUGAAGCGUUUUUGUCAUCUAAAGUCGGGGGUCCAUAUUUACAGCCACCCCGGAACCUGCAUACUGAAGUCUCGCCGCUUGACGAAAGUGGCAGUCGGUUGAAUUCGCUGGUUUGGGGCGACGCCCACCGAGCUCCCUGAUCUGAGGGCAGGCAGGCAGAGUGUUAAAAUGGCGCACAGCUGUAGGUGGCGGUUCCCUGCUCGGCCCGGAGGGAGCAGCAACUCGGGCACUGGGAGAAAAGCGGGCCGAAUCCGGGUCACGGCUUCCCUCCGAAAUGGCGCAGGAACCCAUUCUACAGCCAGCAAGCUUGGGCCCGGUUUCGACGCGGCGCUGCAAGUGUCUACUGCGAUCCGCAGCAACCUGCAGAAAUUUCGUGAUGUUUUGGGCGAGUCGAGCGGCUCCAGCAGCGGCAGCAGCAGCAGCGCGGAGGAGGAUGUAUUUGAAGGUUUUGAUACAGUCAUUGAAAAUGGAAGAGUACAUAGUCCAGGGUGGACCCCAACAGCUAAAUUGUCACAAGAGAAGAAGCCAAGAGGUCGCCCCCCAAGAUGUUCGACUUUGCAGAAAUUGGCUACACGUGUUGAACCUCACCCUCUGUCUGUCAUUACAACUCCACCCACAGAAAAGAUAAAGCGGCCACCAGGUAGACCUCCUGGAUCUGGGGAAAAAAGAAGAGGCCGUCCUCCUGCGUCUGGCAAUCAAAGAACCUGGUUGCAAGGUGGCCAAUUGUUACCUAGUGAUAGCAGGGAUGUUGGACUGGAUCACAACUGUAGUCCAUCACUUGGCAAGGACAUUGGGGAUGAUGACAUUGAAAGAAAGGCUGCAAAGAGAACUCCCCUUGGUUCAGUGCAGGAGCAGGAAUCUGAGGACAAGUUAACAAAAGUGGGCCGUGAUUCAAAUGUGACCAAACUGAAGCGGAUGCGUGAUGUCAAAGUAAAUCCUCUUAAGUCUGGACUUUUAAAGGGUGUCCCAGUUCCCUUUGUGCCAAGACGGAGGCGUGGCAGACCUCCCUCUGCUGAACGCCUUAAGGCUGAGAUUGCUGCUGCUUCAUUGGCCCUGGAGUUGUCCCCCUCUGAGUCUGGCACUGCCAAACAUAAGACCUUCGGUGUUCGCCUAGAAGAGGAUAUGGAUCCCGGUUCUACGCAGCAUCUCAAGCUCAGGGACUCUCAUUCUGCUGAUCAACACACUACUCCAGAUUCCCCAGAUUCUGAAUCAGUCGUCAACCCAACGACACCUCCAAAACACGGAAGUCGUUUGGGUUUACGGCAAAGUCCUCGCCAUAUUAAGCCUGUGCGCACUGUCCCACCUUCCAAACGCACCGAUGCCACUAUUGCAAAGCAGUUACUGCAGCGAGCUAAGAAAGGGGCACACAAAAAGAAACUGGAGGCAGCAGGUACUCAGGGAGCGGCAGCUAUUGAAUCUGGUAUUAGGAAGAGAACAAGAACACAGCUAAAAAACAUUCGGCAGUUUAUAAUGCCUGUGGUGAGUACAGUGUCCUUGCGGAUUAUUAAAACCCCUAAGCGCUUCAUUGAAGAUGAAUUUAGUGCCCCUCCCCCACACAUGAAAAUUGCACGCAUAGACUCUACUGUACCAGCUCCAGUCACCCAUCCCUCAACAACAUCCUCCACACUUGUUUCCACUGCUCCAAGUACAACUGGAACUGUGGCCGUUUCUGGGGCAGGUCCACCUGUUGAUACCUUCCCUCCUCCUCCACCCCCUGCACCUCCUGCCAAUGCAACUGUUGCAACAGGAAGUCUCAUCAGUAACAACAGCUGCAACAGUAAUGGGCGUUUCAGUAGCAGUGCAGCAUCUUGUGGCUCCAGUGCAGUGUCACAACAUUCCUUCCAGCUCUCCUCAGGAGAGUCUUCACGCUCCAGCAGCCCAAGUCUAGAUGACUCUUCUUGCGACUCUCAAAUUUCAGAUGGCACCCAAGUGCUCUCAGAGGAGCCGGACCAUUCCCCUUCCUCUCAGGGAGAGAGGGAGGCCAGUCUGCAUCAUUCCCCACGUCCACAGUCCCCACCAUCUGAGCCUGAGACUGAGCACAUGGAGUUAAUGGAGCCAAACAGGCGAGGAAGAAGAGGUCAGGGCCUAAGGAGAGGCAACUUUGUGUCACGUGGUCGGAGCAAUCUGAUCAGCAAUAGGAAAAGAGCAAUCAUCAGCCCUGCUACUGGUGUAAUGAUGUCCUCUUCUCAGGCAGGGUCCCAGCAGGCCUCUUCUACUGCUUCUUCAUCAUCUUCACCACCACCACCUCCAACUCUUCUUACUCCACCUCAGCCUCCUCAGUCAGCCUCAUCCAAUGUAUCUGCCAUAAGCGAACACCACCCCCACUCUCCAUGGAUUAUGCCACAUCCCAUUGCCCCUUUCCUGUCUAAUCCUCCGAUAAUUCCUGGUUCUCAUGACAAACGGCGUGCCAUACUGCGGGAGCCCACAUUUCGCUGGACAUCAUUGUCACGAAUAGAGCAGCAAUACUUCUCCUCUGCCAAGUACGCAAAAGAGGGCCUUAUUCGUAAGCCUAUAUUUGAUAACUUCCGCCCUCCACCUCUCACAGCUGAAGAUGUGGGACUGAUACCUCCUGGACCUGGAGGGGGGGGAGUGGCCCAAGGAGGGUUCCCUGCAUCAGGUGGUACAACUGGGGCAGGUAAUAGGCUGUUUUCUCCUCUGCAUCAUCAUCACCAGCAUCCCUCAUCUCGUUUUGAGACUCCACUCCAUAAACGCAGCCCACUGCUCCGUGCCCCUCGCUUUACUCCCAGUGCUGCCCACUCCCGCAUUUUUGAGUCAGUCACUCUGCCAUCUUCCUCGGGAAGCAGCCCUAGCUCUCAGUCUCCUCUCCAGUCCACACCACCAUCAAACAGACUGCCACGACACAGGAGGAGGAGAACAUUUGGCCAUUCUCGCAUACAAUCCAGAUCCCCUUCGCACUCCAUGACCACCAGGAGCAGUCAGUCAGGAGCCCAGUCUGGAAAGGGCUCUGCUGAACUUUCUGCACUAACUAGCUCUGUUCCUACUAGUGUGACCGGUAAUUCCAGCCCUAUACCUGGGAUUGCAGUCAGUCCAGUUGCCCCAAGUGCCUUACCUCAAGCCCCUUUUAAUACAUUCUCAUCAAGUUCACUUGGUCCUAAUAGUCAUAGAGCCUCUGAUGUUCGAAGAGUGGAUGUGACCCUUGGUGGUGGUGUGAGUUCUGCCUCUUCCUCGUCACAGCUCUUCCCUCGUUUUGCUUCCAGUCCCCAAGGUUCAAGUGGGAGCACUGUAAAAUUAGGGAGAGAGAGGAGUGUUUCAACUUCACGAGAUACCCUUCCCAAGGAGAAAGAUAGAGAGACAGAGAGAAGUAAAGACCGUGGAAAGGAAAAUAAAAAAGAAGCCAAAAAAGACUGGGAAAAAAGAGGGAAGAGCCUUGCUACAGAUAGUCCAACUAAUUCCACUUCAAGCCUUUUUGCUGUGGAUGGUAAGGAUGUAGAGGAAACCUUCAGCCAGAAAAAGACUAUUGGGCAAAAGAAAUCUGUUUCUGUUGAGUCUGGUGCAGAGACCCCAUCAGUUGACACAAACAUAAUCCAACCAACAAGGGCACUGUUAUCUAAAGGACGUGUGUCCAAAAAAGGCAGAUUGCCAGAAAAAGGUAUGGAGGCUGAUGAAAUGGAGAAGAACAAAGAGAGAUCUGCCACACUUGUCUCACCCAUCCAUUCCAGAAAACUUCCCUCUACACCAUCCCUAGGUUCCAUGCUCGCCAUUGCUGAAAAACAGCCAGCCACAGACAGACGUGUGGCAGGUCUCCUGAAAAAGGCUAAAGCCCAGCUCUUUAACAUAGAAAAGAGCAAAUCCUUGAAAACAGUGGAUCAGCCUAAAGUGCAGGGUCAAGAAAGUGAUUCUUCUGAAGCAUCAGUCCGUGGUCCACGGAUCAAGCACGUGUGCCGUCGUGCUGCAGUAGCAUUGGGUCGCAAUCGUGCUGUGUUCCCAGAUGAUAUGCCCACCCUUAGUGCCUUGCCAUGGGAGGAGAGAGAAAAGAUCCUGUCUUCCAUGGGGAAUGAUGAUAAAUCUUCAGUGGCAGGUUCAGAAGAGGCAGAGCCUGCUUCUCCUCCCCUAAAACCAGUAACAAGACACAAAACUGUCCAGGAAGCCACACCCAGAAAGGGUCGGCGCUCACGCCGUUGUGGGCAGUGUCCUGGUUGUCAAGUCCCAGAGGACUGCGGGAAAUGCGCCAACUGUCUGGAUAAGCCUAAGUUCGGAGGACGCAACAUUAAAAAACAAUGCUGCAAGGAAAGGAAGUGCCAGAACUUGCAGUGGAUGCCAUCAAAAAUGUUUCUUCAGAAGCAAGCAAAAGGUAAAAAAGAUAAGAAGAAAAGCAAAGUGCCAGAAAAAAAGGAAGCCCAUCACUCUGUCAAACCUCAGUGUUCUGAGGUAAACCUCAAAUCAACCCCAGCUCCCGCAAAGGAUGACCCUCCAGUGAAGAAAAGUGACACUCCACCGCCGGUACAGGAAGAGGAUGCACAAAAACAACAAACAUCAUCCCCACCACCACCCAGCUCUUCCCCAGACAGCGAUCCCCCUUUAAUUCCCAGCCCAGAGGACACGAGACAUUUAGCUCCUAGUUCCGUCUAUAAGAAGGAUCGAAAGCUGUCCAGCCCUUUAUCCAGGUCCCCACAGACCACUGCAUCUAGCCAACCACCAGAACCAUCUCAAGACAUCAUGCAGCAGCAAACCCAGACUCCAGCAAAAAAGGAAGGACCAACAAAGUCACCAUCUAAUGAACCAAAAAAGAAGCCCCAACAGCAUACUCAGCUUUCAUCUGCUAUAUCCUCUGCUUCGGACGCAAAGCAAAUCAAAAAGCAGGCUGUUCAUUGUGGUACUCCACCAAAGCCAAAACCAAAGGAGAAGGAGAAACAGAUGGUCACCAAACCUGAUCGCAGUACUUUAAACUUCCUGAGCACUCCCUCGAUUGGGGGCACUGCCAAGCAGAAAGCACCCUCCGACGGAGUGCAUCGAAUUAGUGUGGAUUUUAAAGAGGACUUUGACAUUGAGAAGGUGUGGGAAAUGGGUGGGCUCAGCAUCCUCACCUCUGUGCCAAUCACCCCACAAGUGGUCUGCUUUCUCUGUGCCAGCAGUGGCAACGUGGAGUUUGUGUUCUGCCAGGUGUGCUGUGAGCCUUUCCAUAUCUUUUGCUUGGGAGAGAACGAACGCCCCCUAAAUGAAGAGUGGGAGAACUGGUGUUGCCGCCGGUGCCGGUUCUGUCACGUCUGUGGCCACCAGCACCAAAAGAAUAAAGAGCUGCUGGAGUGUGAUAAGUGCCGAAACAGCUUUCACCCUGAGUGCCUGGAACCCAACUAUCCUACAAGACCCACCAAGAAAAGAAUCUGGGUUUGUACCAAGUGUGUUUGCUGUAAAAGUUGUGGGGCUACCAAACCAGGAAAGAAUUGGGAUGCCCAGUGGUCACAUGACUUCUCCUUGUGUCAUGACUGUGCCAAACGUUUUGCUAAAGGAAACUUCUGCCCUCUGUGUAACAAGUGCUCUGACGAUGAUUAUGAAAAUAAAAUGAUGCCAUGUGGAAAGUGUAAUCACUGGGUUCAUGCCAAAUGUGAGAAGCUUACUGAUGAGAUGUAUGAGUUACUAUCCAGAUUGCCUAAAAACGCCGCCUAUACCUGUGUUAACUGUACUGAGCACCACCCACCUAAGUGGCGAACUGCCUUGGAGAAGGACAUCCAGAGCAGUAUGCGCCAAGUUCUUACUGCACUCCUCAACUCCCGCACUUCCACUCACCUUCUCCAUUACAGACAAGUGGUGAUGAAGCCACCUGAGUUGAACCCAGAAACUGAAGAAAGCCUCCCCUCACGGCGUUCCCCUGAAGGGCCUGACCCUCCUCUUCUUACAGAGGUUUCUCUGCCCAGUGAUUCUCCCCUUGACUUAGCAUCUGUGGAAAAGAAAAUAAAUUCAGGGCACUACAGAUCUGUGCUGGACUUUAGUGAUGAUAUUGUGAGAAUCGUCCAGACAGCCAUUAAUUUAGAAGGAGGUCAGCCAGAAAGCAGAAAGGCCAACAGCAUGGUGAAGUCCUUCUUUAUCCGGCAAAUGGAACGGGUUUUUCCUUGGUUCAAUGUGAAGGAAUCAAAAUUCUGGGAGGCACACAAAGUCUCUUACAAUAGUGGUUUACUUCCUAAUGCUGUACUACCUCCUUCUCUGGAUCACAACUAUGCCCAGUGGCAGGAGAGGGAAGACAUGGCAUGUGCAGAGCACCAUCUCUCUAUGAAGAUUAUUCCUGCUCCUUGUUCUAAAGCUCCUGGAGAACCCGACUUCCCAAUUGUACCACCUCCUCCACCUCCACAGCUUAUGCAUGACCUUAGUCAAGAGGAGAGCCCCGAGCUUCCCCUUCCCUCUGGUAUUGGUGACAAUAGACAAUGUGUACUUUGUCUGAAUUAUGGGGAUCAGAAGGCAAAUGAAUGCGGAAGACUGCUUUACAUUGGCCAAAAUGAGUGGGCUCAUGUGAACUGUGCAUUGUGGUCAGUGGAGGUAUUUGAGGACGAUGAUGGCUCUCUCAAAAAUGUCCAUAUGGCAGUAAGCCGUGGCAGACAGCUGCACUGUGAGAACUGUCAAAAGCCAGGAGCCACUGUAGGGUGCUGUCUUACAUCCUGCUCAAGUAACUACCACUUCAUGUGUGCUCGUCAGUGCCAGUGUGCUUUUCUGGAAGACAAAAAGGUGUAUUGCCAGCGGCACAGAGACUUAGUCAAAGGCGAGGUACUGUCAGACACAGGAUUUGAAGUGACUCGGAGGAUUCUGGUGGACUUUGAGGGGAUCACUUUAAGAAGAAAGUUUCUCCAUGGCCUUAAACCAGAUAAUGUCCACAUGAUGAUAGGUUCCAUGACUAUUGAUUGUCUCGGUAUGUUAACGGAGCUCUCAGAUUGUGAGAGAAAACUAUUUCCCAUUGGAUAUCAAUGCUCAAGGGUUUACUGGAGUACACUGGAUGCCCGCAAACGAUGCGUCUACACCUGUAGAAUUCUGGCAUGCCGCCCUCUAGUGGCAGACAACACCAGUAACAGCAUAGUCAUGCAAGAAAACAAUUGUACUAUUGCUCACAGUCCACCUCUAACCUUGGAAGAGACAAACUCAUCACUGUCACCUGAUUCAGUUUCUGUUGACCAUAACAUCUUGCCCAUGAUUCCAAAAUCAAGGGUUUAUUUUAGAAACAGACACCCCAGUUACCCACCCUGUCAUCUCCCCUCUCCAGGGGUUGUCAGUUCAGCUCAUGAAAUAGUAACUGUUGGUAACCCUCUGCUGAGUACUAGUCUAUCUAGUAUUGGGUCUCGUCGACAUAGUACUUCCUCCCUCUCACAUCAGAAACCAAGACAGAAAAUUUCCUCUGGUCCACAGGGAAGUAGCUUAUUCAGCCAGAUCCAACCAGUCUUUUCGUCACCUGCCACAACCUCCCAGAACCAUGGAGGUGGAGAUUCUGUAAAAGGGAAAGCGUUUAGUGACGAGAAACCUCAAUGUCGGGAGACACCCGUUGUAAAACAUAUAGCCCAGUACAGACCUGUGUACGGUUACACAGAGAGAUUUGGUGGUGGUAGAGUUACUGGCAAAAAGCCAAAUGAAGGAGACUGCCUAAAAUCUGCUCCAUCUGCAGUUUUGACUUCACCUCCACUUGGAACUGCAGUGUUGACUGGGCAUCAAAGGGGAUGUGACAGCAUGAGGAUAGAAAAGGGGAAACAGGUGACAAAAGACACUGAUCUACCAGCAGGAGCCACUCUAUUGUCCUGCAGUCCAUUUGCUUCCGAUACAAAAGAUAAUGGUGUUCCAGGGAAAGAAGCAGCCAUUACAGCAGUGACAGAAUCUAAAGAUAUUCGAAAAACUGGCUCUCCACAGGCAGUGCAACAGAAAACUGGUAGGAAAUCCCAUAACUGUCUCUCAAGCCUGUCUCCAGCUGCAGCUCUUAAGCCUCUCUGGACACCUGGAGUGAUUACAGAAGAGGACAUAAAACGAGGAACUCAGGCAAACUCUUCUGUGGUAGCUAUUCAUGUGACUUCUAGCACCAAAGAGAAGCCCUCAAAAGUUAAAUUAACAGAGGUCAGAGGUGUUUCAAAAGAAAGGAAAGAAGUGCCUCAAAACAGUAAGUCACAAAUUCUUAACAGUAACUCUAACAGCUCUAAAGGCAGUAAUAUCAAAACCCAGGCUCAAUUGUCAUCCUCACAAAAUAACACCAAUAAAGGCACAGCAGUCAUCAGUAACAAAACCUCAGGCCCUGUGGAAAUGGCAAAAUCACAUAAUCAGAGAUGUGAAAGGCAAUUAAAGUCUAGGGAGAGAUUGAGCACAGGGAAAAAACACAGUUCUGCAGUGGAAGCAAUUCAGUCAGCGCCAGGCCCCCCAUUUGUUCACUCUAAAUCUAGAGAAGAAUCGGUAUCAGUUGAGAAGCACUGCACAGAGAGACUCUCUAUUGUAUCUCAAAAAAUGGAUCCCAAUGGGAACAAAUCGGUCAACACAUGCUCUAAUACAAACACAUCCACUUCCAGAUCCCAUGAUAGCCCUGCUUCACAGAGGAAGUGUUCCCAUACAAUGCUUUUUUCUCCUUUUGCAAGCUCUGAAAGCUCAGAGUCUGAUAGCCACACACUUCUAGAAGAGCAGAAUGUGGACCACCAAUGUGCUGAAGAUGAUGGUGAUGGGGCUGAUCAUCAUUUAGAAGACGAAAGCUCUCCGGAGAAGCACCAUGAGGAGGACAGUGAUGGUUCCACAAAACGACGAUACCCUAGGCGAAGUGCUAGGGCUCGCUCAAACAUGUUCUUUGGACUUACCCCUUUCUAUGGUGUCCGCUCCUAUGGUGAGGAAGAUAUUCCCUUCUACAGCAGUGGUGAUAUCCCUAUAAGAAAGCGCUCUGGUGGCAGCAAGCGAUCAGCUGAAGGGCAAGUAGAUGGGGCUGAUGAUAUGAGCACAUCUUCUUCUGCAGACAGUGGAGAGGAUGAGGAAGGAUUUGGUCCAAACAAGGAUUCAUACUAUUAUAAUUUCAGAAGAACCAUUAUAAACCACAGCUCUAGUUUUUCUUCCAUUGAGGCUAUAGAUCAGUGUUUGGGAAGAAGAUCACAGAUCCACAGGUUCAUGAGGGAUGGAGCAAAGGAAACUGAUGAUGAAAGUGAUGAAAUAGCAGCUGCGACCAGAAGUUUAGAAUGCCAGCAUAUUGGUCAGCUGGAUGGAGUUGAUGAUGAUUCUGAAAGUGAUGCAAGUGUAAACACCAGCAGCACAACCACUGCUACAACAUCUACUACACAUAAAAACUCAGUGAAAAAGAGGGUUCGAGAGAGCCGAGCUGAGAAAUUAAAUGCUGACUCCGGGAAGGAGGCCGAAAAUACUACUGGUGAUGGAAGCACUCAAAAUCGCGAUGUUCGUAAGAAUCAAAAGGAUAACUGCCUGCAGCUAGGUACUGUGAAAUCACAGGGACAGGAUCCUCUUGAAAACCAACUAUCACUGAGUGCAGAUCUUCUUAAGUCUGAUUCUGACAAUAACAACAGUGAUGACUGUAACAUCUUGCCUUCUGAUAUUAUGGAGUUUGUGCUAAACACGCCAUCAAUGCAAAGCUUGGGACAACAGCCAGAAGCUAACUCCACUGAACCAUUUUCUUUGGAUGAGGGCUACGGAGUUGAUGUAAACCGAAGGAAAACUAUACUUUUUGAGGAUUAUACCCCGCCACUUGCCAGCACAGAACCUGUAGAGAGUGGCGUUAGCGCCUCAAUUCCAGUAGGAGAACCCUAUGGCCUCCCACUGGAGUUGCCGUCUGAUCUCUCUGUGCUCACAACUCGUAGUCCAUCUGUAAAUAACCAAAAUCAUGGUUCACUCAUUUCUGAAAGCUCUGAGCGCAGUAUGCUGACCCUGUCUACUGAAGAAUCAGGAGUUGAUAAGGGUGGGGACAAGAAGAGAGCAGGAAGUGCUGUAUCUAGCGAGAGCCCACGAGAUGAUGGAGAUUCCCAGGCAACCGAAGGUGACAUGACACCUGAUCAUUUCAUUUCUGCCCACAUUGAUGGAGAUCACAUUUCAAGUCAUGGGAUAAACCAAGUAACUGAAGCAGGGAAUCCAGAGCUAAACAGAACAUCUGGCACACCAGGUUUACCCAGUUCACCUACUGUGGUUUCGCAGGGUCAAAAGAUUAUUCCCUCUGCCACAGUCAGUACAGGUCACUCUCAGAUUGUGAGUCCUGCUGUUCAAUCCACUCAUUCUCCUUUGAAAGCUGGUCCAGAGAAAUUGAUAGUUCUCAAUCAACAUUUGCGGCCUCUUUAUGUAUUGCAAACUCUCCCCAAUGGCGUAACUCAAAAGAUACAGAUUGCACCAUCUGUCAGUGCAACUGGUGUCAUGAAUAGCAGUGCACCUGUAUUAACAGGGAUCAGUGCUGGAAUUUCACCCUCUCAGUCCAUUUUCCCUGCUGUUACCAAAGGUUUAGUUCCUGUCCCUCAUCAUCCUCAGCUUCAUGCCUUCACUAGUACCACUCAGACAGGUUUCCAAUCAAUUAUUCCCAGCACAACAUCUGGCCUUUUUAUAGGUGUUCCUUCUCACGAUCACCAAAUUAUUGCAUCCGAAGCUGGACAUAGACAUGACCUGGCUCCCAGUGUUGCUAUGGUAUCCAGUGCAUCAUCCAUUUCCCCGACGCCUACUGUGCUUGCCACUGGACACGGCAAGAAGCGGCCAAUUUCACGCCUACAACCUCGUAAAAGCAAGAAGCUAGCCCGAUCCAGGAGUCAACCUACACUAGCACCAUCAGAGGUUGGGCCUAACAUGACACUUAUUAACUUGUCAACUCCACAAAUUGCUACUGGAAUUCCUGCUCAACCAGGACUAGUUGAACUUGGUACAAUAACAACUGCAGCUGCCACAUCUCACCGCAAAAUGCCCAACAUCAUAAAACGCUCCAAAUCUGGAGUAGUGUACAUUGAGCCUGCUCUCCUUCCACAACCAAUGCCAAUCUCAACUGCUGCUCAGGCUGGUAUCAUUGGGCAUGAUUCCUCAACGCAUUUGUUGCCCUGCACAGUGGCAGGACUUAACCCUAAUCAGUCAUUGUUGAAUGUGGUAUCAAUGCCUCCUACAGCCCCUGGGAAUCUUUUGGGAGCAAAUUCAGUGUCUUUAAGUACUCCAGGGCUGAUUAGUUCUGAGAUCACCGGUCCCAUAAGUAACCUUGUCUUUAAAACCAGUCACCAUAACUUAGGCCUUCCAGAACAGCAGAUGGUUCUUCAAUCUGGAACACCCAUGGUGUCACAAAUUACCAGUCCUGCCCAGACUCCCAUUGCUAGUAGCAUUUGUGUUCUUCCACCAAAUCAAAUCAGCAUGUCACCCAACCAGCACCAAGACAAAGAAGGCAGUGUUGUCAAAGAAGGCAAUUUUCAGAACCCUAUUACCAAACUUGUAGCAGAUAAGACAAGUGAUCACAGUACAAACAUAUCGGGCCAUGUGGCUCUUGUGCCCAGUCACAUCACACACGACUUUAAUAAGGGGCACCUGGUUGGAGUUUCUGCCCAGAGUUCACAAACUUCAACUAUCUCACAAGCCAUAAGCCAACAGCAAACACUGAAGUCUCCCACUGCCAAAGCUUCGCCAUGUAUUGGAAAGGUAAAGCAAAAAGCAAAGAGGACUCUACCAAGUGUAGCCAGUACUGGUGGAAAGAAGCACAAAGGGCCAUCAGAGAUGCUGACAGAGCCACCAGGUGUUCCUGACCCUGCAAAUCAAUCUUCUUUACAAAGGGGUAAAGAGCAUGUGGCACUCGAGCUGACGAAUAUGGCAAAAUCUAAUGAAAAGGGUUCAAGAAAGAGUAAUUCUAGAAAGUGUGAACCUUCUUCUCUUAAUCAAAAGGCCAUAGAAUCCCAUGAUGAAAAAUUCAGGACUGCUAGUCUUUCUGGUCAGAAUUCUGACCAAGCACCUAAUGCUCAGAUGAUAACCACUCCUAAUCAGAAGGACAAUGGACAAAACUCCACCUCAGACUACAAGCCCAAAAAAGGACUUCUGUUUGAAAUCUGCAGUGAUGAUGGCUUUAAGGUCUGCUGUGAGAGUAUAGAAGAGGCCUGGAAAUCUCUAACAGAUAAAGUCCAGGAGGCACGCUCUAAUGCCAAACUCAAAGAGCUAUCUUUUGAUGGAGUAAAUGGCCUUCGGAUGCUGGGUGUUGUCCAUGAUGCUGUAGCUUUUCUUUUGGAGCAGCUAUACGGUGCCAGGUACUGCAGAAACUACAGGUUCCGCUUCCACAAACCAGAGGAUGUUGAUGAGCCUCCUCUUAAUCCUCAUGGAUCUGCUCGUGCUGAUGUUCACCACAGGAGGUCUGUGAUGGACAUGUUUAACUUCCUGGCUUCCAAAUAUCGGCAACCACCUGAGUACAGCCCUCAAGAGGAAGAAGAUGAAGAGCAGUUCAAAUCUGCUAGACGAAGCACCAGCACUGAUGUGCCUCUGGCAGUGAGGUUCAGAUACUUAAAGAAAACCUCCAAAGACUCUGUAGGCGUGUACAGGUCAUCCAUACACGGCCGUGGACUGUUCUGUAAGAGAAACAUUGAUGCUGGUGAGAUGGUGAUCGAGUAUUCAGGCAAUGUCAUUCGCUCUGUUCUUACUGACAAGCGAGAAAAAUUCUAUGAUGCCAAGGGAAUUGGCUGCUACAUGUUUCGCAUCGAUGACUAUGAGGUGGUAGAUGCCACCAUGCAUGGCAACUCAGCUCGUUUCAUCAACCACUCCUGUGAGCCCAACUGCUACUCCCGUGUGGUCAAUAUCGAUGGGCAAAAGCACAUAGUCAUUUUUGCAUUGCGAAAAAUCUACAUGGGCGAAGAGCUCACCUACGACUACAAGUUUCCCAUCGAGGAACCAGGCAAUAAGCUGCCUUGCAACUGUGGGGCCAAAAAGUGUCGCAAGUUCCUUAACUAACACCUCUCCCCUCCUUACUAUUGACUGAACCCUGUCCUUCCGAAACGAAACUGUUUUGUCAAUGUGUGUAUUUUGAAUAAUAUGGUUAUUUAUUGAAACAGGCUCAGGUUUUCAGAGGGAUUAUGGCACUGUGCCUCAAGUUGAUUCAGGAAAGGUUUCAAGAGCAAUGUCAUAAUGAAUAACAGGAGAAAAGGACCUCUUUAGUGGAGCUCUCCCCACAUCUCCCCAAAACAGGCCAGUCAAAGAUAAGCAGUCUGCUAUCUAAUUGUGUGCCCUGUUAAUCCCAAAUCGUCAUGACAAUUUCCAAGUGUGUAAGAUUGAGUCUCAUCUGCCCAUGCCUAUGGAAUGUUUGAUGGAAUUGCCACAUUGUUUUUGUUUGUUUUUUUUGACACCAAAGUGCAAUUUUUCUAAGGGAACGGUACACUGUCUUUUUAGCUAGAGGAAUUCUGAGGGGUCCAUUGUUUUUAGCUUUGUUAUGUUUUUAUUUAAUUUUUUUUUUAACCUACCUGCAAAUCUCCCUUUCUGAAUGUACAUCAAAGCCUUCUCCUUUUGCUGACGUGGUCUAUGUGUAUAUAAGCCCUUGGACCGAUGGAUAGAGAAUGGUAGAGGGAGCGUUCAGUUCCCUUUGAUGGACAUAUGCAGGUUUUGUUUUGUAUGAACAGGAGUGUACCUGAACUGUUUAAGAAGUAAUAACCCCUGGAGGUAUCAUUGGAGGCUGUAUGUGCUGAGAUCCUGGUGGACUGAUAGCCGAGGGACUAAAGAAAUGAAAUUUUUAUAGAAACUUGGACUGAUAAUAUUUGUAAUGAGGAAAUUUAGUAUGUGCAUGUUUUAAGGCCUGUAGCUGGUAGUAUUUACUCAAAAAAAACAAAAAACUCAAAAGGGGAGAGUCAUUUUACAGUUUUGCUUUUCCUAUUUCUUUUGUUGUAGAUACAGUAGGUAAAUGUCAUUGUUUCUUUUCAUAUGUAAAUAAUAUGUAUAUUUUUCUAUAAAAAAAACUGAAAAGCACUCACUAGUGAAUAGCACUUAUUGAUAUUUAUAUUUUUAAUAAAAUAUUGUAUUUAUUUUACCAACAUUUUGUAGUAUAUAGUGGUUUACAACACUAAUGCUUGUCAUUAUUUUUUAUAGUGUACUUUUUUUAAAGUUUGGCUUUUUUCCUCCUUAUUCUCUUUUUUUCUAUUCCAAAGACUGAAGCAGUAGUCGUUCCCAUAGUGUGCAGUCCACCAGUAGCUCUCAUUGCCGAUCCAAGUUAGUCACAACCAUUUCAUAUGAUGGUGUAUAGCAUAGGCUGUAAAGCAUUUAGUUGUAGUGUUUAUCUGUUAAUAUGGCAUGUCUCCUCCAAUGGCAGCCUUAAUAUGACACACAGACAAAUACCGACCUUUCGUUAAAGUCCCCUCGUUGCUGUUUCGCAAAAAAGGACAGCAGUUUUCUGAGGAGAAAUAACGAGUAGUAAAAAAAAAAGCUUGAAAUCGUUUUAAAUUUAAGCAAAGUUUAUUCCAUCUAUUUUAUUAAUAUAAAUAAUAUUUUCAUAGAUAAGGAUAUACCCGAAGGAACCUGCCACGGAGGCUAGCCCAUGAAAACUUUCUUCUAAAGCACUAUAUUUGGAGGAAUGGAGGAAAACUCAUUCUCCCUGUUUUGUGCACUGAACAUCAGUCUUCUUCCCAGCUUGACACAUGUUGCCUUGGCACUGCAUGGAGGCUCCAGCUAGCCAUUUAAAGCACACAAAUGUGCUCUUUUGUAUGUUUCAUUUUUCUCCACAGAUUAAGCCCUUUGUCCCCCUCUUAGGGCAACAUCUUAUUUUCUUCACAAUAAUUGUGUGAAGGAAUUUUAGACUUCCCAUGGAUGUCUGUCCUGUACAUUUUUUUAUAGCAACGGUGUGGUGCCUUCUUUUAAAUUGUUUUUUUUCCAUCCUAAAUGAAUCGAAUCAUUUGUCAUGGCUGAUAUGAGACCUGAUAAAAGACAGACAUAUUGUGGAGCAUUCUCUCUUUAGGUUCGAGACAUAUCUUGGGAGAAUACUGCAAGGCUUCUAAUGCAUGCCCUUCUAAAGGUCUUAAUAAGUAUUACACGUUUGUUGAGCAAAACAAUUUUUUGUGGAUGCAAAUUGAUUUAUGCUUACACUGUUGUCUUCUUGACAGUCAGAAAAGAGUUGUAUAAAAGGGACAAUGUGAGAAAUCAUCUGGGAUGUGUACAUACCUCCAAACAAAGCUCGCUCAAUUGCUGUGGUGUGCACCUCUGGCUCUUGAGCCACUAAAUGGCCAGUUUCUGUGUAGCAUUGUCUUACUGCCUCAUGUGAACUCUAAUAUUUUUUUAAGGCAGUUGCAGAUUCCGCAAGCCUUAUUUCCAGAUUCAUGACAACACAAUGAAUUAUGAUUUAUGCUUUAUGUAGUUCUUAAUUGGCUGCUUUUUUUAGAUUAUGUUUUCUGGAUCUGUUGGGUUUGAUGGUGUUGCCGCAGAUUCUAGCUGGGAGCAUCUUUGCCAUGCUUCUUGCAGUUUGGGUCUUGUCAUCGAUUCAGGUAUUCGAGUUCCUCUAAGUCCGGCUCUCUGGAUGCGGCACAGGGCCGGGCUGAACUCUGCAGCUAGGCCUUCGUUGAAUGUAUUAUUUGAACUUACGAUUGAUCUUUUAUCAUAGUAAUUUUUUUUUUUUUUUUAAACGAUUGUUCCAAUGUGAAAGGCAGGGACGUUACAGAAGAGCUUUAUGUUUCAUUUUAGCUGGUGAGGAUUGUACACCAACGGUGAUCUUUGUAAAGAAUUUGCUUCUGUCGAUCUGAUUAUGAUUUUACUAAACCUAAGGGCUUUGUUAAUGAUUCUUUUCCUCCAUAAAAUUAGUUUCAUUGCAACAUCAGAUGCUCCACGAAAACAAGUGAAAUAUGGUGUUCGUUCAGUGUUUGAGAAGCUACCUGGACUUUAGGUUCCUGGACUUUAUUCUUCCACACCACACCAGUGGUACCACACCUUCUCCUGUACUUGCUUCUUAAUAUCUAUGUAUACAUAUUCUUACACACAUAAUGAAUAUAUUCUACCUAAACAUAUGUAUGGAUAGUAAAUUGUACUUCAAUAUUCACAAUAUCUACACAGUAUAUGGAAUGGACAAACAAAACGUAGUUACAGUAGCAAACAACAGUUUCAUAAUGGUUAAUAGCAAUGUUCAGUGUACUCUAUAAUGACUUUGUGUUACAGAUACAGUUUAGAUUAAUGUGCAGCAUUUUAAAUAUUGACAUUUAUGUAUUGUUUUUUCUGUGCCUGUGUAUGCUCUUCGAUUGGAGCAUUGCAGUUAUGAUCUUAGGACUUUUUUUUUUGGGGGGGGGGGGGUGGGGGGAAGGGGGUGGGGGGUAGGUUGAAAGAUGAUAUUUAUACAAUAAAACAAACUAAAUGUAAGACGUGGUUGUAAAGUUUUUGGGGUUAGCCAUUUGUUUCAAUGCUGUAAUUUUGAUUUUACUCUUUGUACAUUUUCACAUACUUUGUGGUUGUCAUGAAAACAGCAAACAAAAAAAACCUGAUCGUUCACCUGACCAUGUUCCCCAUACCUCUUUCUCCUGUCUGAAAUUAUUUUCAAUAUUUUAUGUUGUGUUUUGUAGUAAGUAGCAGUAAUGAGUAUUUUAUUUAUUUUUGCAAAUUUGAAACAUCUGUAUAUGCAGGUAAAGGGUCCUGUUAUGUCCCUGAGGUAAGACGAAAGUGCACAUCGUACAGUUCGACCCUACAGUGCUGUAUUAUCAUUUAUUAAACAUCAGCUUUAUUUUGUGUUCAAAAAUUUGAAGAAAAAAAAAAAAAAAAGAGAGAGAGCCUGUGCUUGCCCAACUUUUCAGGCAUCGAUGUUCUUUUACUAAUGAACAGCUCCUUAUUCUCUUUAGCUAUGAGAGUGUUCCGUGUUUGUUAAUGCUUUAUUUUAUUUUGUUCUCCCGUUGCCCAAACAGUGUUUUCAGUGUUCACAGAAAUGAAGGAAAGACCAUUGACAAACCACAAAUUACUUAAGAACGAAUGUAUGAGGAAAAAUGUACAUAACUGUAAAAAAAGCAAAAUUUCUAAUCAUGUUUAUUUUCUAUGCACUUUUUUUUAUUUAAGUGAUAGUUUAAAUAAUAAACAUGUCUUGUUUACUCAA